GUAGAUAUAUGCAUUUGUUUUGCCAUGUUGGCUAAUAAACCAAAACCCUAGCGCUAGACAGCUCUAAGAGUGUCUGAGGACAACGAUAGGCAAUUAGGCUACGGCUACGCAUGCACCGCCCCACUGUAUUUACAUAAUUUUCUUAUUGGUCACGAAAGAUACAGCGAGAUAGUAGCAAAUCACAUACAAAGAUAAAAAAAAAUCAAACACGUAACAUUAAAAAGCAAAACAUGUAACGCAAACAAGGGAAAAAAUAUUAAAUUACUUUGGACUGAUUCUGUCAAUCACCCAGGCCCACCUGUUGCUAUGCCCCUGCCCUCCACUCAGAGUGCUUUACGGGUAAUGGGGUCUCCCCUCCACCACCACCACCAGAUGGCAGCCAGAGAGCGCCAGGACGCUUCCCCGCACACCAGGGGUCAGCAGGGUGCAGAACUAGAGUAAUGAAGCCAAAUCACAGAUUCUAUUUCUAUGAAUCCCCUGUGAUCCACAACACAGUCAAAUAUAACCAAAUACGAUUUUCUUUCUGUCCCAUCAAAUGCAAGGUGGUCAUUUUGCUCUUGUCUACCCUUUCGCCCCUCAGGCCAUUCGAUGGAGCGCAGACCGUGCCCACCUGAAGGCCUGGCAGCGGGGCAGGACUGGGUACCCGCUGGUGGAUGCGGCCAUGAGGCAGCUGUGGCUGACUGGCUGGAUGAAUAACUACAUGCGGCACGUAGUGGCUUCCUUCCUCAUCGCCUACCUGCACCUGCCUUGGCAGGAGGGCUACCGCUGGUUUCAGGACACCCUGGUGGAUGCAGAUGUUGCCAUCGAUGCCGUGAUGUGGCAGAAUGGAGGGAUGUGCGGCCUGGACCACUGGAACUUCGUCAUGCACCCCGUCUCCGCGGCGCUGACCUGUGACCCCUACGGGUCCUUCGUGAGGAAGUGGUGUCCAGAGCUGGCCGCCCUACCCGACGAGCUCAUCCACAAACCCUGGCAGUGCCCAGCAUCAGUGCUCCGCAGAGCUGGAGUGACUCUCGGGGGGGACUAUCCGGAGAGGAUCGUUGCGGACCUCGAGGAGCGGCGCGCCCGGUCUCUGCGGGAUGUGGCCACAGCGCGCCAGCAGUUCGCCGGCGAGUACGUGGACAGGCGCUCGGGCUGCGACCUGCUGCCCCUGCCGGACAAGCUCGUGAAGGAAGCCCUGGGCGGCGGCGGCGGCGGCGAGGUCGUUCAGCGCGGCGGCCGCUUCCUCCUGCCGGUCAUCACCCGCAAGGAGUUCCAGCACCAGACGCUGGAACCCGGAGCGCAGACCAACCCCUUCGACGCCGUCCUGCGGGGCUACGUCAGCCGCCAGCGGGACGAGGCCGCGGCGUUCCUCCGCGAGCGGGACUUCACGGCCAGCGUGAUGAGCGAGGGCGGCCGCCGGCUGGAGCGGCAGGAGAGGGACCGGCGCGUGCUGGAGGGGCUCCCCCCACCUCCUGCACAGAAGAGCAGAGCCAGGAGAACCCCCAGAACCGACCCCUUCAGUGUGGUGCCUGGGGGAGCCCCCAUCACGCCCAGUUAAGCCCAACGGGUUCUCUUUUUCUUUUUAGAAUUACAGGGGCAGUGUUUGUUAUAAACCUUUUAAAUGAAGCUACUCCUUUGAGAAAUAUUUUAUUAGAAGACGCCUAACAAAUUAUUAUUUUUUUAUUUCCAACUACCUACCUCUGCAGUUACAGAGUUACCGCCAGAUCCCGAUUUAUGAAAAACAUGUUCAUUAACCUCCCAAUUUAGAAUAACAAAGUAUUAUUAGAAUUGUAGUAUUACAGAAAUGUAACGUCUGCAUGCAUAGUACUUUUGAUUUUGCACUAUACAUCUGAAUUCUGAUGGGGAGAAAAAAACACUUUUUACGGCGCGUCUUGCUGGAACGUGCAGUGGAAAACUCCACUGCAAUCAAACUCUAAAACUGCAGGAAUGAAGUACAAGUUAAACUGGCU